AUGGCUCGGGUGGCGCACCUCCUGGCCCUGAGUGACGACUGGGAGACACAGACCCGAAAGAAGCUCCUCGAGGUCCACAAGCAGACAAAGUUUCAGCUAGACCUCGUCAACACCGAAGAGUUGAAGGAGAAGCGCUACAGCCGAGUUGGCCACAAGGCAGGGAGACUAAGAUACGCGUCAAGGUUGGCCACAAUCCCUGCCGAAGUCGCGGCCUGGCAGGUUUUCAUGCAAAACCUGAAGAACUCCAACAGAUGUUGGAGCGAUCCGGAAAUCGGCCGUGAGCUCAGGUGA